GUGAAAUGUUUCCAUUGUAAAUGAAUUUUUGUUGGCCUAAGCACAACAUUAAACUUUUUGUAAAUAUUAAAUAUAUUGUUGUAUUCGGCAUCAUUAGGAGUUCUACAAAUAUUCGCAAAAGUCUGGCCCUAACCGCAUUGGCAAAAAAUUGAGCAAAUCCACACACAACAACAACAAAAAUUGACAGUGAAAGAACGUGCGGUGGCCCGAAAAGAAGCAUUAAGGUGCAGAAAGAAUACAAAGGCCAGAGGUAGCUCACGGGCAGAGGCCAAGAGAGAAGACUCGGUAGGCAGAUAUGGCUCAGCACGGUGGCACAGAAGCCCUUGCCGCAGAGCUGGCAAAGGCGGUCGACCUCAUAUUGCAUCCAAUGACGCCCCAGCAGGCACGCUUGGAAGCUUACAUGGCCUGCGAGCGGUUUAAAGAGGAGUCGCCCAUGUGCGCCCAAGUCGGACUAUUUCUGGCUAACUCGGUGCAAUAUCAUCAGCAAGUACGUCAUUUUGGCCUACAGUUGAUUGAGUACACAAUUAAGUUUAAGUGGAACUGUAUCACACACGAGGAGAAAGUCUUCAUAAAAGACAAUGCCAUAAAAAUGCUAUAUAACGGCGUCGGACCGGCAGAAGAUCGUAGUUUGCUGCAUUUAAAGGAUGCACUGUCACGCAUUAUUGUCGAAAUGAUUAAGCGCGAGUGGCCACAGCAAUGGUCUGAUCUGUUGCCCGAACUGUCGCAAGCCUGCAAUAAGGGCGAGGCCCAAACGGAGUUGGUUCUGCUCGUCUUUCUCCGUCUCGUCGAGGAUGUGGCUCUACUGCAGACAAUAGAAUCAAAUCAACGACGCAAGGACAUGUAUCAGGCAUUAAACAAUAAUAUGACCGAUAUAUUCGAAUUCUUCUUGCGCCUGGUGGAGCAACAUGUGACGGCAUUUCGCGAGACUACGCGACUGGGCAACUUCCAUCAGGCGAAUGCUCACAGCCGUGUCGUCGAGAUGGUACUGCUAACACUAAGCGGCUUUGUCGAAUGGGUUAGCAUACAGCACAUCAUGUCGAGCAAUGGCAAACUAAUGCAUUUUCUAUGCAUUUUACUGAACGACAAAGCAUUCCAAUGCAAUGCCGCUGAGUGUCUCGCACAAAUCACCAAUCGCAAGGGUCAGGUGAGAGAACGGAAGCCGCUGUUGCAUUUGUAUACAGAGGAGCUGCUGCGCUACAUCUUUUCCGCUAGCCAAAUUCCAGCCGACACCAGCUCAGCACAGGCCGUGGAACAGCAGCACAAUUUCUUAAAAAAGCUACUGCAGGUACUCAAUGGCAUGGUGCAGCAGUUGACCGUGCUCUGGGGCAAGGAUGAUACUACACAGCGGCCUGCACAUCUUGAAAUUAUGUUCGAGUGUCUGCUCCUGCUUGUCCAGCACCCAUCAAUAACGGUAGCUCAUGGAGCGACGCUAAUCUGGCAGCUACUGCUCAAGCACGACCUCUGCUCUAAAGACUAUGCCAUGAUCGCCUACAUUCCCAAGUUGAUACACACAAUAGCUCCACGCAUUGUCAAGAUGCCGUAUCCCACGUCUAGCACACACUGCUCAGCAACAAGUGUAACCACAGAGUCAUACAUUCGCAUGGAGUACGAUAGCGAGGAGGAGUUUGCCGUUUAUUUCUUUCGCUGUCGCACCGACUUCCUUGAGAUCUUUCGGCAGGCCACUCUUGUGCAGCCGUUGGUCACCUAUGGGUAUUGUGAGCAGUGGCUACAGCAGCGUUUGCGCAAUGCCCUUACCGAAACCGGCAAUGUCACCUGCAGUGUUCUAGAUCCCAUUUAUUUGGAGUGGGAUGCCUUAGUAUGUGUCAUCGAUGGUGUGCUGAGUCGCAUUUUGCUAGUAGCGGAACGGCCGUCGGUGCCAUCGGGUCUGCGGCUUUUAGAGGAAUGCCUGAAGCUGGAAACAACUAAUCCGCUCAUCUAUUCCAUAUUGCUGUCCUGCAUAUCGGCACUGUUUGUGUUCCUAAGCAUGUCCUCGUGCCAGAUAACUCCGAACAAUUGUGUAGCCAUGAGCGGAGUGACGUUGCUACCACGUGUCCUCGACAAAAUCUUUCGUGCGUUGGUGCUCAAGCCAUCUAAUCAGUUAGAGAAGGUGCAAAUAAAGUCGGUGAAGAAUCUGCAACGACAUGCCGCCUCUCUGCUUGUCAAAUUGGCCCACAAAUAUCCGCUACUGUUGCUGCCAGUCUUCGAUCAGAUCAAUACGAAUGUUGAGUGCCUGCUCAAGGAGCCCAACCAGCAUAAUCUGUGCCGGUUGGUGCGCACUAUGCUUCAGGAGGCCCUCAUCUUAAUAUCAAACCACUUUUGUGACUUCAAUCGCCAGACUGCCUUCGUUGAGCAUAUUGUUCAGGAGAAACGAUCCGAAUGGUUGGCUUUUGGCGAAGCCUUCAAGACGGCCUUGGACUUCCAACGCUUUGUGGGUCUAGAUAAGCCACCAGUGUAUCCCAUAGAAAAUGAUCCGUCGUUAACAAAUCGUUCACGUAUUCUGGACGCACUGCACGUAGUACUGGGGGUCGUGAAACGCUGCACCUGGCCUGAUGAUCCGGAUCGUGCACAACGUGGUGGUUUCGUCAUUGGUUGCACUGAUUUGGGCAAUCCUAUAUGCCGUAAUCCGGCCACGAAGCACGUGGUGCCAUUACUCUCCCAUCUGCUGUCGUUGAUGCGGGUGCUCAAUGAGCUCUUCAGACCAGAGGCGUUAGCGGCGCUGUCCGAAGGUUAUCGCAACAUACACGGUAUGCUGGAGCACGAAAAGAAGCUACUAAUGGGUGUAUGCGCCAUACCAGCUGAUCCUCUGGACACCACCAUUAAGAGUGAUCCGACGCCCUUUGAGAAAAUGCAAACAUUCAUGGCGAUGGUGACGGAGGGCUGCUACCAUUUGAUGGGAUCGGCAGGACCAUCACUGGGUCGCGACCUAUAUCAGUUGGUGGGCCUGGCGGAUGUAAUCAUAAGCAAUGUGUUCAGCUGCAUAGACAUUAUACCCGACUACCGCUUGCGCCCAAUCAUUCGGGUGUUCUUCAAGCCCUUCGUCUACUCCUGCCCGCCUUGCUUCUACGACAGUGUUCUAGUGCCGUUGUUUGCCCACAUAACGCCACUAAUGUGCGAGCGUCUAACCCGCCGUUGGGUGUACAUAUCAUCGCUGUACGAGUCCGGCCAGUUAAAUGGCGAGGUCAAUGACACACAAGAGGUGCUCGAGGAUCAGCUGAAUCGGACGCUGACACGUGAGUAUCUGGAUGUGUUAAAAAUUGCGUUAGUGGGUGGCCAAAUCGGAGCCGAUCAUGUGGGCGGCGUGGAUCGUUCGGGCAGCGGCGUUGCCCAUGUCGUUGGAGGAGUAGGCAACGAUGUGGCCAUGGAGAACGAGGAACAUUCCAUGGAUAGUGUGCCCCAAUCGCGUGCCUCCCAGUCGGCUCUGCUCUCUGACAUUAUCAGCGAUCUCGGUGGAAAGCUGUUGCGCAAUACCAUGAUGAGUAAUUACAUACUGAUGACGCUGCUUAAUGCGAUUGCCUGGAACGAUGGUAUGUGCAGUAUGAAGGCGGUUAAUAUUGCGGCGCCUGUCAUGCGCUUCCUGGCCGCUGAGCAGCUCAUGGAUGAGAACAAGGCGGUAAGUGCCUUCACAGCUGUCCUUCAGGGUAUGCAGGUGCAUGGUCAGCACGAUGCAAAUCAGUCUGGUUUGGUCACGCUCGGUGUUCAGUUCUAUGAACUGCUACGUCCAAAAUUUCCCAUUCUGACCGAGGUAUUGCAGCACAUUCCCAGUGUUAAUGCGGCUGAUAUACAAAAAUUCGACGAGAAAAUCUCUGUGGCGCCCGUUAAGGGCAACAAGGUGGAUCGUGCCAAGAAAGAUAUAUUCAAGAAGCUUACUGCCCAAUUAGUUGGCCGCAGUGUCAAUCAAUUGUUCCGCCAUGAAAUCCAAAUUGCCAAUCUGCCACCCAUGCAGCCUAAAACAAAGACAGCAGCGGACAUCAUGGACAGCAAUCAAAACGCGGAUCUAAGCAAAUUGUUUUCCACCAAAAAGUGACAGGCACAAAACCGUCGCCGCCGCCAUCGUUCCACCACAAACAAAGGUGUCGAUAGCGGAGCUGCGACCACACUGGCAGCGAAUGCGGCGACGAGGACCACGAAGACGACGACUGAACUUAAUUUAAUUGUAAACUAGUUAAACGAGCCAAUUGUGCAAGCGCAUUAUUAAGAUCCGCAUCCGCAGCUUCAGCUUGGGCUUGCCCUAUCUAUUACCCUAUUACCUAUCUAUUAUUUAUUUUUUAAAUAUAAAACAUUUUGUUGUUGGCCCCACAAUUCCUUUCCUAUGCAGCCAGUAGUGUUUUUAUCUGCUAAUCAUCGACGGCAUCUGCAACACUCCCGGCCCCUUCCUGAAACAAAAACACAAGCAAUGGUUUUUUGUUAUAAUUUUAAACUUUAUUACUGUUAUAUAUUUAUUAUUCAAAAUUGUUUAAAUAAUUUUAUACGCACCAAAAACGAAAAACAACAUUCGGAAAUACUCGAAAAACAAUUAUACCAAUUAGACCAACAAAUUUUAAUAUCCAGUGGCGGCUAUGGCUAUCUCGGUUUUUUAAAAUUUUGAUUGAUUUUUUUUUUCUAAAUGUGUGCGGAUGCGCGUCAAGGAAGCUAUUUAACAUAGAGAAAAUGUUUAUUGUUUGUAUAUUCACCUAUACAUAAUAUACAUACAUAUAAUUGCAUAUUGUUUUUCUAUUAUGAGGAAAUUUUGAAAUUAUGCUUAGGCCCCCUAGCUAAUAAGAACGAGUUAUUAUUAUAUAAUACAAGCCUAUACCUACAUAUACAUAUAUAAAUAUACAUACACCCAAACACAUCGGGAAUA